AUUAAAUAUUCAAGUUCGGUCAUUGUUUAGACCCUCUUCAAGUUAUUCUCUGAAUUGAGUAAUUUUGAAAGAAAAGUAAAUACCGUUGUUAUAAAGUAUUUACUGUUAUUACAAAUAGGUAUCGACUAGAAAAAUAAUAUUAGUAGGUAAUUUUAUCAGUGAUUUGUGUGAGUUUUAUUUGUGAAAGUGGUUCAAAGUAUUCCACAGAAAGCUUAAAUCAUGGCUAGUAAACUGUUAAAAAUCGGAUUUAUUGGUGGUGGUAAAAUGGCUCAAGCAAUGGCAAAGGGAUUUAUUUCAGCAGGACUAACAAAGGGCGACAAGUUGAUUGCCAGCUGUCAUCCCUCAGAUAUGGUAUCAGCGAACGCUUUUAAGGAAAUCGGAGCCGAGGCAGUAUUCGAAAACGUACCUAUAGUUCAAAAUUCAGACAUUGUGAUAAUAUCUGUGAAGCCAUCGGUUGUAUCAGUGGCACUUAGUGAAAUAAAAUCGUCCAAUUUGGAGGCUGACAAACUGUUCCUCUCGAUAGUGAUGGGUGUGUCGACGAAAGCGCUGGAACAGUUACUUCCCUCCUCAUCUAGAGUAAUAAGGAUCAUGCCAAACACCCCUGCCUUAGUAAGAAACGCUGCAUCCGUUUUUGUGACUGGCAGAAAGGCAACAGAAGCCGAUGUUAGGAUUACGAAAAGACUGUUGGAAUCCGUUGGAACCUGCGAACAGGUUCCAGAAGGACUGCUCGACCCCAUAACAGCCCUCAGUGGAUCAGGUCCAGCAUAUAUAUACGUGCUAAUAGAGGCUCUGGCAGACGGAGGGGUUAAGAUGGGCUUACCGAGAGAUCUGGCUUACAGAUUAGCUUCCCAAACUGUCCUGGGGGCAGCGCAAAUGGUGCGUGAUACUAAGGCGCAUCCCGGAGUCCUCAAGGAUGAUGUAACAUCGCCCGCUGGAUCGACGGCGGCAGGACUGCAUUUCCUGGAACAGCAAGGUUUCCGAGCGGCGGUCAUUGGAGCGAUAGAAUCAGCGACCCAGAGAUGUCGUGAAGUGAGUAAAAACGCUGAAACGAAGUAAUCCGAAAAUAGAUCGUCGGAUGCACUGAGCUACAAAGUUUAUUUUCAUACAUAAACUUAGUUUAAGUAAACAUGUUUUAUGGAUUUGUAAUAUUGGAUGAUUGCACAUAUGGCCAUAUUAAGAUAUUGAGUUUCACUUGGUAAAAUGAUCCACGUUCCAGUAUAGCUUUAUCUGAAAUAUGAAUCCAUAACUAAUGUUAAUCCUUCAAUAUCAUUGUAGAUUGAUAUCUGAUGUUCCUGCAAUAUUUUCUUGAGUAUUUAUUCUUUAGGUUUAUUUAAAAGUUUUAGGUAGAAAUAAAUUUGUU